AUGCUGCCGACGCCUUCCACCUCGCACGUCUGUUUUGACCGUGUGUACGAGCCAGCGGAAGACUCGUAUCUACUGCUAGAUACUCUAUCGUCGUCCAGCGAAUGCGAAUUCCUGUCGGAGCGCUUCCCAGCGCUGACAGCCCCGCCGUUGGUACUCGAGGUGGGCGUCGGCUCAGGCGUUGUGCUGGCUUUCGUCGCUGCAAACGCGCGCACCAUAUUUGGUCGAAAUGACAUACUAACACUCGGGACUGACAUCAACAGCUUCGCCUGUCAAGCGGCUUCGCAGACCGUGUCAACGGCUAUCAAAGAGAAGGAGCAUCAUGAAGAAAGAUCUAUAUUCCUAGAUAUCGUAAAUGGUGACCUGGCAUCGUCCCUUCGCCCGCACUCUGUCGACGUUUUCAUCUUCAACCCACCAUACGUUCCAGCCGAACUGCCCGACUUCUCGCGCCAUUCCGACUACAAUGCCGUACCCGAGGGAAAGUCCAAGACUAGCUUCGAGCAGGACUCGUACCUGCUGGAGCUGUCAUACGCUGGUGGAGAAGAUGGCAUGGAGGUGACCAAUAAGAUGCUGGAGCAGAUACCGGACAUACUGAGCGACGGCCGUGGAGUCGGUUACGUGUUGCUGUGCGCGCAAAACAAGCCAGACGUUGUCAAGCAGCAGAUAAGAGAGUGGGGAUCUGGGUGGCAGGCAGAGACGGUCGGGGCAAGUGGGAAGCAGGCAGGCUGGGAGAAGCUCCAUAUUGUGAGGAUCUGGAAGAACGCUCACUAG